AUGAAGACUAAACGAAAUUUUGGGAUGGGAGUACGAAAACGGAAACGAGGAGAUGUUUCAUUCAGACGAGGAAUCGUUCAGAAGAUUACAAAGGCGUUGAAGCCAGCACCUACGUUAAAAAAGGCUGCGGUUAAUGCGUUGAAAGCAGCCAAACUUGUAGUAAAAAAAGCAGGUGGUAAAAAACGUGUUAGACUACCGCGAAUAAUACCAUUUGAUCAUAAAUCCGGAGGUAUAUUACCACUACUUCCAAUUCUCGCUGCUUUAGGAUCACUCGGUGCUCUCGCUGGUGGUGCAAGCGCUGUAGCGAAAACAGUUAUUGAUACUAAGACUGCCCAAAAGAAACUAGAAGAGGAUCGUCGACACAACAAAGCUAUGGAAUCUAUAGGCAAAGGAUUGUACUUGAAAAGAAACGCCAAAGGAGGAUUUGGUCUCUUUUUAAAAAGACAAAAAAACUUUUAA